AUGACCGAUACAAAAAUUGAAGACCUACGAUUACCUGCGGCGGUUGUGAGCCGAAUAGUCGACAAGGCUAUCGGACCAACAGGAACUGUGUCGAAGGAAGCUCGGACAGCGAUUGCUCGUGCUGCGUCUUUGUUGAAGGCUCAGAAUGUCGAGCGUAACGUAUUUAUCGGUGCUCAACGAUCGGAGGAGAGAAAGCGAAAGGCGGAUAAGAAAGCAGUAGCAAAAACAACGGGUGAAGACGGCUCAUUCACAAUCGCACCAUCGGAGGAGAUGCGUUUGAGAACUCCAGAAAGCGAUCCAGAAUGA